AUGCCUUGCACGCAAUUCUUGCCACUCUCGCCAUGUUCUCCUUCUGAAACAGCCCUCUUAAGUCAGAGGAAGUAUUUUCGCCCACGCACGCAUGCGUACACACGGACACAGCGCCUAUCCUCUCUACGUUGUCAGAGACUCCCGAACAUUAAGACUUCGUUUCGUUUCCUCUGCUCUUAUAUAGGAUUUCCUUUGUCUCUUGAGUACCUACAUUUUUUACAACCUCAUUCUAUUACUCUUCCUGUUCCAUUUUCGUUCUUUUUUUUAAUCUUCUUUCCUAUUCGUCUUUCUUUGGUUUUUCUUUUCCCACUUUCCUUUAAAUUCAUUCAUUUCUUUCUUGUUUUUCGAUCACUUCCCAUCCCACACAUUCUUUCUUUCUUUCUUUCAUUUUUCUUGCGUUUUUCUCUUUUCGCUCACUUUUUCAUUCUUUUUUCUUCUCUCUCUUUCUUACUUUCUUUUCUGUCUUUAUUUUCUCUCAAUUUUUUUUUGAUUCGUUUCUCAUGCUUUUCUCUAGUUUUCUCUAAUUUUUUCUUACAUUCUUUUUUCUGUCUUUCUUUCUUUCUUUCUUUCUUUCUUUCUUUCUUUCUCUGUGUAUCUCACCUUUCUUUUGUACUUUACGCCGAACCAAUUAGCAAUGCACCAAUGCUCGAACGCAUGCGCACAACUACAAUGAUUCUCUCGGUUCAAAAUUCAAAAGAGUGCUUAUCUCGUAAAUUAUUGAUCGUCAGUUUGUUCCGCAUUAGUACGCCUACUGAUGUACGAAGUGGACUGGAAAUACUUUAUAUUUCGUUAUCUAUCUAUCUAUCUAUCUAUCUAUCUAUCUAUCUAUCUAUCUAUCUAUCUAUCUCAGUCUGUUCAUAUCUAUCUAUCUAUCUAUCUAUCACACAACUGUCUUUCUUUUUUGUCUCAUGCCCUUUCUUUCUUUCUUUCUUUCUUUCUUUCUUUCUUUCUUUCUUUGUCCCAUCACCUUUUUCUUUCACUUUUCUUUUUUUAAUCCAUGGCCUUUUUUCUUCACUAUUCUUUCUUUCUUUGCUCUAUCAUCUUUUGUCAUCCAUUAUUCUUUUUUUCUUUCUUUCUUUCUUUCUUUCUUUCUUUCUUUCUUUCUUUCUUUGCCUCAUCACCUUUUUCUUUCACUGUUCUUUCAUCUUUCUUUCUUGA